UUCAUUUUAAUAAAAAUAUUGCCUUCCGGCGUAGCAUUUAUGACGUCAUUUAUCACGUGGUAUACACACACUGUGAAAAAAGAGUAUAAGUUUAGGUUGCGCGACGACGUUGCACAGAUUUCGGCCAAUGUUAUCAAUAUGGGAAAUUCAUUUGGAAAUACGCACUUGUUUAAAAGCACCGAACACCUGGCUUCAUAGCAUGUGGACACAAUAAAUACGUGCACUAUUCAUGUCCUAUUUUCUGCUAUCAGCUUGAACUUUGGAAACUGUCAUCAUUUGAAGAGUGCAGUUUAAACUGGUCAUAUGUUCGAAUUAUGAAAGUCAAAGAAACACUGAUUGUUGUGCUCUUUUGCACAAUUUUUACUAAAUGCCAUGGCGCUAUUCGCUUCGCAAACUACUACAACAAUCACAUGGUCCUACAACGGGCUCCUCAGCGGGCGAACAUCUGGGGGUUCGGUACCGCCGGUGUUGCCGUCAGUGUGAAAAUUGACGGCCUCGUGGUCUCAACUAUCAACGUUGGCGCUGACGGCGUGUGGAAGACGCUUCUUCCGGCUACCACGGCAGGAGGACCACACAAUGUAUCGGUUACCUCUAGUGACGGCGGCGCCGCGCUGAGUGACGUCAUGUUCGGCGACGUCUGGGUGUGUUCCGGGCAGAGCAACAUGGAGUAUACGCUGAGUGGGAUAUCGAAUUAUACCGCGUAUAUCGAUGCUGCCAAAUCGUUACACAACAUCCGGUUGUUCCGGACGAAUCAUAAGGCCACCGACGUCCCUCAGGUUGAACCUGUGGUCAACACACAAUGGACGAUACCAGAUCAACACGACGCCCAUACCCGCGUGUUCUCCGCCGUGUGCUUGAUGUAUGCCUUGGAGCUAGCCCCACAUCUCCAGCGGCCACUGGGGCUCGUUGAAACAAACUGGGGUGGUACCCCCGUGGAAGCCUGGUCCUCACCUGACGCCCUCGCAAAGUGCCCGCAACACAAACGCCGUGCUGUAAACGCCCACUCGCCCUCCGCCCUGUGGAACGGCAUGGUGGCGCCUCUUCUUCCUAUGACCAUAUAUGGUGCUAUCUGGUACCAAGGCGAGGCGAACGCUGGUAAGGCGCAUCUAUACGCAUGUCAGUUCCGAGCGAUGAUCGAAGAUUGGCGGGCAAAGUUCCACGCAAAGUCUCACUCGCAGACAAGCAAUCAAUUUCCAUUCGGUUUCGUACAGCUCGCCCCGUUUCGUAACGGAUCAUCUUCACUCGGCUUUUCGGAGAUCCGAUGGGCGCAGACGGCAAACUACGGCUACGUCCCCAACCCGAGCCUCUCUGCCGUGUUUAUGGCCGUCGCAAUGGAUUUGCCUGACUUUGAAUCACCCCAUGGAGCGAUUCACCCGCGAUUCAAGGAGGAUGUGGCGGCCCGCCUGGCAUUGGCUGCGAGGGCCGUGGCCUACGGAGACUCAAGCCUCGACUACCAGGGCCCAUUUCCGUCCCGACUGUCCAUUUCCGGUCACACACUGACGAUCGAGUAUGAUAGCGGAAACAGCGCCAUUGACGUGCGGGCAAACACGGGCUUUGAGGUAUGCUGCGGAAGUACAGAAGCCCAUAAGUGCACGGCCGCUGAAUGGAAAGCUGUCUCGAUAACCGCCCAUGACCAGACGACCGUUACCAUGGAUACACACGUUUGCAGCGGACAAACGCAUGUGGUUGCGGGGGUGAGGUACGCAUGGCACGAGAGUCCGUGCGCCUUCAUGCAGUGUGCGGUGUACGGGAAAGAUAACGGCCUGCCGGCACCAACAUUCGUCAAACAGGCCCCGUUUAACUAAAAACGCGAUUUCAUCUUUUCGAACUAAAAAUAAACAUCAUUUAUUAAA